GAAUCAACUCAAUUGAAAAGAGUUUCUGAAAGUUUUCUUUUUAAAGUCCAAUCUAACAAUACUUUACCAAAUUAUCUUCAAUUAGAUAAUACAAUUUGUUCAAACUGUUAUAAUAGUAUUACUAUAAAUAGUUUAUUUGAAUUCAAAUAG